GGAUCCCGGCUGCUGGGGAGAUCUCCUGCUGGGGAACCCAGGAAGAGGAAGGGGCGGAGCUGCCUUGCGGCUGGACGCGGAGCAGUCAGCCGACUGCCUCGGGGGCUCUUCGGCAGUCCCUGGUCUUGCCCCGCGCUUUGAGAGCUAGCCAGGGCCGAGACCCGGGGGACCCGGAGGGGUGAACCAGCCCUGUCUAGGAAGCCGGGCAAUGCCCCGCCAUGGAGUAUCUCCCGGCCAGGGCCACCGCAGGUCCGGCCCGGAGCAGGAAUCGGACCGGACCCGAGGAUCCCCCAGACUGAGGCUUCUGUGGAUGGGCCUGCCUCUGAUUCUGGCGUUGGUUCUCUGGGCCCCGGCCGGGGCCCACCCUCUUCCCGUCCAAAGCCAACACGUCGGUCGCUUAGUGCCCCAGCUCCGUGACGCCUUUGGGUGGUGGAACCUCAGCUGCCCAGUUUGCAAAAGCUUGUUCACCGCUAUCGACUUUGGGCUGAAGAAGGAGUCCGGUGUGGAGUGGGUGGGCUCCAUAGCCACCAAGCUCUGCAAACUGCUGAAGAUAGCACCACCCGCUGUGUGCCAGUCAACUGUCCAGCUCUUUGAAGAUGAUGUGGUGGAGGUGUGGACACGUUCAGUGCUGAGCCCAUCUGAGGCCUGUGGUCUGCUCCUGGGCUCCACUUGUGGGCACUGGGACGUCUUCUCAUCUUGGAACAUCUCUUUGCCAGCUGUACCAAAGCCGGCCCCACAACCACCCAAGCCCCCGGCCCCAGGCGCCCCUGUCAGCCGCAUCCUCUUUCUCACUGACCUGCACUGGGAUCAUGACUACCUGGAGGGCACAGAUCCUGACUGUGAGAACCCACUGUGUUGCCGCCAGGAUUCUGGCCUGCCACCUGCCUCCCGCCCAGGUGCUGGAUACUGGGGCGAGUACAGCAAGUGUGACCUGCCCCUGCGGACCCUGGAGAGCCUGUUGAGCGGGCUGGGCCCUGCCGGCCCCUUUGAUAUGGUGUACUGGACAGGAGACAUCCCCGCCCACAAUAUCUGGCACCAAUCACGUCAGGACCAGCUUCGGGCCCUGACCACUGUCACAGCCCUUGUGAAGAAGUUCUUGGGGCCAGUGCCUGUGUACCCUGCUGUGGGCAACCAUGAGAGCACACCUGUCAAUGGCUUCCCUCCCCCCUUCAUAGAGGGCAAUCACUCUUCCAGCUGGCUCUAUGAGGCAAUGGCCAAGGCAUGGGAGUCCUGGCUCCCUCCUGAAGCCCUUCACACCCUCAGAAUUGGGGGGUUCUAUGCCCUUUCCCCACGCCCUGGCCUCCGCCUCAUCUCUCUCAAUAUGAAUUUUUGUUCCCGUGAGAACUUCUGGCUCUUGAUCAACUCCACAGAUCCUGCUGGACAGCUCCAGUGGCUGGUAGGAGAGCUUCAGGCAGCUGAGGAUCGAGGAGACAAGGUACAUAUAAUUGGCCACAUCCCCCCAGGGCACUGCUUGAAAAGCUGGAGCUGGAAUUAUUAUCGAAUUGUAGCCAGGUAUGAGAACACCUUGGCUGGUCAGUUCUUUGGCCACACCCACGUGGAUGAGUUUGAGGUAUUCUAUGAUGAGGAGACCCUGAGCCGGCCACUGUCUGUAGCCUUCCUGGCACCCAGUGCCACCACCUACAUCGGCCUUAAUCCUGGUUACCGGGUCUACCAAAUAGAUGGCAAUUAUCCGGGGAGCUCUCAUGUGGUCCUAGAUCAUGAAACCUACAUCCUGAACCUGACACAGGCUAAUGAGCCAGGAGCCAUACCACACUGGCAGCGUCUCUAUAGAGCUCGAGAAACCUACGGGUUGCCCAAUGCACUGCCUGCCGCCUGGCAUGAUCUGGUGUACCGCAUGCGGGGUGACACACAACUUUUCCAGACCUUCUGGUUUCUCUACCAUAAGGGCCACCCCCCCUCAGAGCCCUGUGGCAUGCCCUGCCGCCUGACUACACUGUGCGCCCAGCUCUCAGCUCGCUCGGAUAGCCCUGCUCUAUGUCGCCAUCUGGUGCCAGACGGAAGCCUCCCUGAUGUCCAGAGCCUGCAGCCAAGGCCAUCUUUCUGCUAGUACCCCAUGGCCCAGAUUUGUGAAAGUGCAAAUGUGAGGAAAGCUGCAAAAACUCCAGAGGACAGCUGUGGUAAGAAGAGCAUCUGGUGGAAAACCCUAUCCCUGAGCCCCAAGCACACCGGGGAAACAGGACCUUCUUUCAUGGAGCUGGUUUGGCAAGAUACAGAAGAGAGGGUGGCUGCUCUGUGCCCAGCAUCUAAGCUGCCCUGGGACUGCUGCCUUUCAUAACUAUGGAGCAAAGGUCUAAGUUGGUCCUGCCGCAGCAGACCACACAGGAGCUCUCACCCCAGGCCUGUGCUGGCCAGCUAGGAACCCUGGACUGCUGCUGCCUGGUUGUCAGGCCAUUAAAAUAAAGAUAAGAGACUUGGACUCCA